CGGCGGGGCGAUGCGAUGCGAGGACGCGCAGCACCUUUGGUUUUAGAGCUCGAGCAGAAUGUCACGAGGACGGAGAUGCGCACACCUGCGGCACGUUAUCCAGAAUCGAGGUUGGAAUGGGUGGAAAUCAUCGAGCCGCGGACUCGAGAGCGCAUGUACGCCAACCUGCUGACGGGCGAGUGCGUGUGGGACGCCCCGGCGGGUGUCCAGAUCAAGUGCAGCGGGCAGGAUCAGUGGUGGGAGCUCUUCGACUCCAAAACCUCCAGAUUCUACUACUACAACGCUUCCACCCAGCGCACCGUCUGGCACCGCCCACACAGCUGUGACAUCAUCCCCCUCGCCAAACUCCAAACCCUCAAACAAAACACCAACACCACCCCGCCUCCGGUUGCCCCGACGACCAGCGCGUCUGCGGACAGCAGCCCCGCCCGCAGCGCCGUCAGCACCACAUCAUCCCAGGAGCAGGAGGAGAAAACGUCAGCCAGCGAGGAGGGAGAGAGGUUCAGAUGGGGCACAGGGACCAGAGAGCGGAUGCUCAUCAAGGUGUCCGAACGGGAGCCCAGUUUCCUGACACAGGGUAACGGUUAUUCCUGUUCGUCUCCGCGCUCCAGGCGAUCGUCCAGCAACGCCCCUUCAGACCCUGAAGCCACGCCCCAUUCCCUAUCCGACCGCCCCCAAUCGCAAUCACCAUUCCUAAAGAGGGCAGAGUUGGCCGGCACUCAGCGCCGUUGCUCGGGGGAUUCCCAGCCUUCGUCUCCUCGCUACGCUUACGAGCCUCCUCUCUACGAAGAACCGCCCUCGGAAUACCUAUCGCCGCCUAUUUAUGAGGAACCGCCUACUGACAUGCUCUGCGAUCCAGCCUUUUAUGGCGCCGAUAGGUCGCCGGUUCGGAAACCAAGCCUGUACCACUCCCCCAAACAAAGCCCGUCCCCUUACGGUCAACUGGUUUUGACGAGACAGCGCAGCUCGACGCCCGAGAAGACAGGCGAUCGAGAUUACGGCUCAAGCGGGCGUGACUAUAGCUCUGCGGGGCGGGACUAUAGCGCCAGCGGGCGGGAUUACAGCUCAUCUGUGAGGGACUACGGCUCCGGUGGGCGGGAUUAUAACUCCAGCGGGCGGGAGUACAGCGUGGCAGGGCGGGAAUAUGUAAAGCAGCUGGUCUACGUGGAGCAGUCCGGCUCCUCCCCUCGGUUUAGGACCACAGAGCGUCUGCUGAGUUACGGGUCCACCAGUUCAAACAGCCUGUCGGCGGGAAUAUCGUACGGCGGCUCCUUCACGCUGCAGCACAGUCACGAUCUCAACGGCGGCAAUCGAAAGCGGAAGAACCGCAAGCCGUCACUUCCGGGUGGUGAAGGGGAGUGCGUGGGAUCCGGGCUCGGGGGGAUGAUAACUCAAGCCCGAUUGGCCUGGGAAGCUCAACAGCUGUUACAUCAGCGAGGGGGCGUGUCCUGCGAUCAGGGAGGGAAGGAUGGGUAUGAAAGCGACGGGGCCACGCCCCUCCCUCUGCCCGGGCAGGUCGUGCGGGCGUUUAGUGAAGACGAGGCCCUGGCGCAAUCGGACGGCCACUGGAAACGUGCCACACUGGACCGACUGGCGUUUCCACAGACGCUGCUAGAAAAGAGUUUGUCUGUGCAAACCAACCUGGCGUCUCCUGAACCGUACCUUCAUCCCUCACAGUCUGAAGAUCUCGGCGCGUGCUCUCAGUUCGAGGCGAGUCGGAACGCCCGGAACAUGAUGCCCAGCGCGAGCUGUGGCAUUUUCCAGGAGUUCACGCUUCGCAAACCCUCCUCAGAGACGGACAUCGAGAACUGGGCCUCCAAACACUUUAACAAGCACACGCAGGGUCUGUUCCGGAGAAAAGUGUCCAUCGCUAACAUGCUGGCCUGGAGCAGCGAGCCCAUCAAGAAACCCAUGAUAGUGACCACGGACCGGACGGUCAAACGCGAUGCCGUGGAUCUCUUCAAACUCAUCCAGACGUACAUGGGCGACCGGCGAGGGAAAGUAGAGCCGCUGUCCGUGGCUCUGGAGGUGGUGGUGAGAGGAUGGAGCUGUCAGGGUCUGAGGGAUGAGCUCUUCAUCCAGCUGUGUCGCCAGACCACUGAGAACUUCCGCUAUGACAGUCUUCAGAGGGGCUGGGAGCUCAUGGCCAUCUGUUUGGCCUUCUUCCCCCCCACCCCUCGCUUUCACAACUACCUGGAGGGAUACAUCUACAGACACAUGGACCCUCUGAACGACACCAAGGGAGUGGCGAUAAGCAGCUAUGCAAAAUACUGUUACCGUAAACUCCAGAAAUCAGCGCUCACCGGUGCCAAAAAGGGUCUGAACAAGCCGUCGCUGGAGGAGAUCGCCCACGCUCGGAACGCCAUCUUCAGGCUCUCCAUGUUCGGCUCGUCUCUGGAGGAGGUGAUGGCCAUGCAGAAGGAGCGUUACCCCGACCGACAGUUGCCAUGGGUACAGACGCGGCUCUCUGAAGAAGUUCUUGGCUUGAACGGUGAUCAGACUGAAGGAAUCUUCAGAGUGCCGGGAGAUAUCGAUGAAGUAAACGCACUGAAACUACAGGUGGAUCAAUGGAAGGUGCCGACAGGCCUCGAGGAUCCGCAUAUUCCAGCGUCUCUGUUGAAGUUGUGGUACAGAGAGCUGGAGGAGCCUGUGAUUCCUCAUGAGUUUUAUGAGGAGUGUGUCAUGAAUUAUGAUAAUCCAUCUGCUGCUGUAAACGUCGUUCUCAAUCUCCCUCACAUCAACAAACUGGUGCUCUGCUACCUCAUCCGCUUCCUACAGGUAUUUGCUCAAGCGUCCAGCGUGGCUCUGACCAAGAUGGACGUCAGUAAUCUGGCGAUGGUGAUGGCUCCAAACUGUCUGCGCUGUCAAUCCGACGACCCGCGUGUCAUUUUCGAGAACACGCGGAAAGAAAUGAGCUUCGUCCGCGUGCUUAUCCAACACCUCGAUACCAGCUUCAUGGACGGGGUGCUAUAGCCAACACAAACACACACACCCUAACAGACGUUCACAAUCACAUCCAACCAUCAAUUUUCCCAUGAAAGGAACCACCUGCCCGAACAUGAUUUGCUCUGAAAACAACCUGAAUCUACACAACACACACCCUUCAGCAAACAGUAUUCAUGUCUUGUUUUCCAAAACAUUGAAACCGUUUUACGCUAAUAACAACGUUCUCAGAGAGUUGAGUUUAAGACUACAUUAAGUUUGUUUCUUAACCGAUUGUCCGAUGUUUCUUUUCUCAUUCGAGGGAUAAAUGCUAAUGCAUUUCUGUGAGUUUUAUGAUUAACAUACAUUUGCUUAAAGCUCUUUUUAUGUUCCACAGUUUUCUUUCUCAAGUUCAUGUGAUGUUCUUGUUUUAAUAGUGUUUGCACAGGACUGAGAAACAAGACAAAUUGUGCAAUACGCACAAUCGACUUUAACAAACUCACUAAAAUCAUUUUAAGCGAACAAACGUUGAAUCCUCGAUGCUUUCUGAAUGUUUGUGAACAGAUGUCCUCACAUGCUUUGGUUUUUAGCAUGCAUGUUUGUUUCUGUCUUUUAACUCGACUGACUUUUAGAACUUUCUGUGGUUUUAUAUGAUAUGUUAUUUAUUUGAAUAAGGGUUUGAAAGUACUGUACUGCCUUUUUAAUAGAACACAUAAAUCGUGCGCGCGCGUGUUCACAUCUCACCGGUCACGUUCACUUCUUAUUCUUUCAUAGGUUUAUUGUGUACGGUGUCUCACUGGAAUGGCACAAACAACACAAACUCCCUCAGAGCAAACUACCUACAUCACAGGUGAAGUGUGUCAUUUAUUCGUUUUUUAAGUGGAACAAGAUUUGUCUAUUUUCGGAAGAGAAAGGAAUGAUUGCCAGGAUUGUAAGUGGGAUGAUGUGUGGUUGACUUGGCAUCGGGUUUUGGUUGCUAGUGUUCAGACUGAUUGAAGUUUUGCUUUUCCAAACGUGUUCCUUCUGUUUAACGGGGAAGGACGAACAGGUCGUCCCACAUGUUUUAACACCCAAAACAGUACACAAUUCACCUUUAGAUCUACAUGCACAUGACCACACACAGAUUUGGUUUGGUGCUUGAAAUGAUCUAUACCACACUGCCAAACACAAAACAUUGAAACUCUGCGGUCAUUCCUGCCUUGUGAAUUAGAGAGAAACAACUGAGACGGAGAUGAGAAUGUAAUGAGGGCAACAGUAAUGAGAGACGAAGUGACUGCGAUGAAGUUGAUAAAUGUCCAAAUCAUGCGUGAGAAAAUGAAGUCUGGUUUUAUUUCAUUUUUUCUCAUUGCUCUUGUCUGGAUGAGAUCCUUUCUAUCAUAUUAUGGACCGUUGAAGGAUUAUUACAAUGAUGAUUGUAGUUAAAUAACGCAGCUACACAUCAUGUUAUUUCAUUUUACGGUAAAGUACACUAUUACAUUUCUAUAUAUUAUAUAAUGGUCAUAAAUUAAGCUUCAUUCUCAUUUGGUUUUAAAUAUCUGGCUUUGGAAUAGAAUACGUUCUGGACGGGUUCUUCUUGGUGGUCUUUAUGUGAUAUCUCAGUGUUUGGCUUCUUCACGUCAGCACACACACGUAUCACGGCCAUGAAUUCAUGACCUCAUAUGUACAGAACAAUAUGAAAAUACAAAUAAUGAAGCUAAAAUAAAAGAAAUGACAACGAAGUUCCUACAGCAGGAGAGUUUAGUAUUCACACAUUUAGAGACGGUAAGGUUUUCCUCUAAAAACUCAUUCGUUCGCAUAUUUUGGGGGGGGAAACAGUUUAAAGAAGUGAAAUAUGAUGGUGAGUAAUCAAAAUGGAAUAAAAGUUACAAAUAUGUGAUGUUUGGGACCACUGUGACCAACUGUCUGAGAUCAGCACACACACACACAAUGACAGCUCAAUCAACACAAACAGGAUUAUGGGUAAAUGUGAUGUAUGCUGGUAUGUUUGUCACGGGUCUGAUCUCAUGGUUUUACUGUAUUUAUGAAGUCAUGUUAAUAAAAGCCCCUCCCUUUUUUGUUCUGUGGUCAAAGGUUAUUCUGGACCUUACAGACAUUGUGUAUUAAACAGUUCAAAGAAUUCAUUGACUUUCUUGUUGUAUUUUGUAGUGC